AUGGUGAGAAGAAGAAGAAAUAAAGUGGAUGGUCUUUUUGCCGAAGAUGGUACUUGGAGUGAGAACCCUGCAGUGAUGAAGAAUAUUGCUAAAUCCUUUUUUCAAAAUCUCUUUACUGUUGAAGAAGUUCCAGACCUGCUUUUUACCAUUCCUAAUCUCUUCCCUACCGUGGAAUUAAAUAACAUCAAAGAGUUAGCUGCUCCUGUUUGCUAUCAGGAAAUAAGGUCUGCUUUAUUUUCAAUCGGUGGUAUGAAAGCUCCUGGGUUUGAUGGGUUCCCCGCUUUAUUCUUUCAAAAUCAUUGGGAGCUCUGCAAAGUGGAAGUUAUAAAAAUUGUUACUAAUGCGUUUAUUGAGGGCAGAAUUCCUGAGGGUUUAAAUCAUACACUGAUUACUUUCGUUCCAAAAGUUCAAGGACCUAAACAUAUGCAUCUCUUUAGCCCAAUUAGUCUUUGUUGUACAGUGUACAAGAUCAUUACCAAGAUUAUUGUUUCUAGAAUCCGGCCUUUCCUAAAGAAGUGGAUAAGUCCGAAUCAAGUGAGUUUUGUUCCUGGUAGGCAUAUUUCAGACAAUGUUAUGGUUACGCAGGAGAUUCUUCACAAGUGCAGGUAUGCCAAGGGGAAAAAAGGCUUUCUAGUGUGGAAAAUUGAUUUGUCUAAAGCUUAUGAUAAGUUGAAUUGGAGCUUCAUUAACCAGGUUCUCUAUGAACUUCAGAUUCCUAAUCAAUUGACUAAACUUAUAAUGCAUUGUAUCACUUCUCCUAGUUUUCAAGUGAUUCUCAAUGGUGAUUUAUCUGAUAAAUUUUCGGCUGGUAGGGGAGUUAGGCAAGGUGACCCUCUAUCUCCUUACAUAUUUGUUCUCUGUAUGGAAAAGUUAUCGCAUUUGAUUCAUUCUGCUACUGAGGUUGGACAAUGGAAGCCAAUUCAAUCUUCGCAAUCUAGACCUCUUGUUUCCCAUCUUUUCUUUGCAGAUGACAUAAUUCUCUUUGCAGAAGCUUUCACUACUCAGGCAAAAGUUCUCAAGAAAUGCAUGGACUUAUUUUGCAGCCUCUCUGGACAAACGGUUAAUUUUGAGAAAUCAAAAAUUUAUGUUUCUCCUAAUGUCAGAAAUAAUCUUGCUAAAUCCAUUCUAGAGUUACGAAGCACACUUAUUCUGAAAUGGUCGACAAGGUUCAUAGUAGGCUUGCUGGUUGGAAAUGCAAAACUCUUAGCAUGGCUGACAACCAAAAUCCCUAUUUCUACCUGUGAUAGUUUGGAUAAAUUGAACAGAGAUUUUCUUUGGGGUGACUGUGAUGGCAGGAAGACGGUACACUUGGUGAAUUGGGAUAAUGUUUGUAUGCCUAAAAUUAGGGGUGGCUUAGGCAUUAAGAAGACUGCUGAGAUGAACCAAGCACUGCUAGCAAAAGUUAGUUGGAGACUUCUUCAAAAGGAUGAAGGAUUAUGGUGUGAUAUAUAUAAAGCUAAGUACUUAAAGCAUGAUGAUCUGCUAAGCAAUAACUAUAAACACCCUGCCAAUUGUUCUGCUACUUGGCGCAUUGAUCCUUCUAUGGUUGACCCUAGUUUGCUUGUUCAAGAUUUCUGGGAGGGAAAGGAUUGGGAUAUUACCAUGCUUUUCGCUUGCUUGCCUCCUGAAAUUGCGGCUAAAAUCAUAUCUAUUCCCAUUGAUAACUUUGGUGGUAAGCCCGAUAAAAUAAUAUGGAAGCACACAUCUGAUGGAAAAUUUACUGUGAAGAGUGCUUUUAGCAGCAUUGGUGAUCAUUAUCAACCUGGUGAUGCUUCUACUAUAUGGAAUGAGAUUGGUAUGCCUGUCACUAUGGCUAGAGCCUUUAGACUGGACUGGGAUGAUUGGAUUGCAGCAAAUUUGUUGCAGAAGAAUUGCACAUUCCUUGGUUUUCAAUGGUCUCAGCUCUUCAUUUAUAUUUGCUGGUUUAUUUGGAAAUGGCGCAAUAAAAGCAUCUUUGAUACUAAUUUUCAGAAACCUCACAACGCUGCUUCUGUAAUAAUUCAUUACAUUAGUGAAUGGGCUAAUGGUAACAUGAAACCCAGAGGCAACUCUAUUAUGAGAACUGAAAUGCUAAGCUGGCUGAAACCCUCUCCUGGUCAUUUCAAAUUGAAUGUUGAUGGUUCUAGAACCCAUAGUGGGUUGAUUGGUGCUGGAGGAGUUAUAAGAGACAAUGAUGGAAACUGGACCUAUGGCUUUAUGAGAAAUCUGGGCAAUGGUGAAGUGCUUAAAGCUGAGGCAUGGGGUUUAAUGACUGGUUUAUCCAUUGCCAGGGAGUUGGGUAUUACACAUAUUGAAGUUGAAACUGACUCAGCUGUUCUUAUGCAGCUCAUGAUGCAUUGUGAUAUUGAUCUUCAUCCUUUGGGAACCUUAUUAUCCAACUGUCAAACUAUGCUCAAUUCCUUUGAAUUUCAUUCCAUACAACACAUUCAUCGGGAGCGAAAUAUGGUAGCUGAUGGAUUAGCUAAAAGAAGUACUGAUCAAGAGCUUGGAUUAUGCAGGUGUUCUUCAGCUCCUUCCUUUAUUUGUCAAGCCAUGCUUGAUGACAUUGAUGGCUUUGCUAGGCCUAGACUGUUCAGAUCAGUUGAGGCUUUUUAG